AUGGGUUCUGCAUUGUCUGUCGAGGAGAAGACAGUGCACGAAUUUCUGCUGCGUACGGCAGAAAGGCAGGGAGAAAAGAUUUCCCCUGAACCACUGUCCCGUCUGCUUAAAUGGGGGCAGCGACGAGGAUUUUUUAUCACCCCGAACACUGUCUUCGACAAGACUGUUUGGGAGCGACUUGGAUCAGAUCUGUGGGAGUCGGUUGCCCACGGUAAUAAGGAGGCUGUCUCCCUUAGUCAAAUAUGGUGCAAGGCAAAGAAAAUAGUGGAGACACUCGCUGCCGAAGCAGGAGUUCAGGCCGCCGUGGAGGAGAUUUUCCGAUCGAAAAAGACGAACGAGUCGCCUGUGGUGCCGCCUGAGCCGCCCGUUGUGUCCCCGGCUGGGGAUAAGGAUGAUUCGUCUGUAGUGCUGCCCGAGUCACCCGCCGUGUUCCCGGUCGGAGCUAAGGAAUUUUUUGCACCAGGAGAGGACACAGUUAUCCCUACCGCACCUGGUUUCGACCCUGAUGGGACUGACAUUGAUCCUUGCACGGUCCCUCUUCCUCCGGAUUCGGAUAACUCUUUUGGUAAAAUGGAUAUUGAUCACCCUCCCUAUUUGGACUCCGCGGAAUUUCGUGAGGAGAUGAGGCGGCAAGGAUACCAGUUGCAGGAGAUGUUGAAUCACUUGUCCCGUAUGGCGGGAGAGCCUGUCCCUCCUCAGUCUCAUCUUUUAAAGACUUUGCAGGACUAUGAGAAAUAUAAGGCCCAUAAAACUAAGCCACCGGAUCCCACCUCGUACACGGGUGGUAACGCCGCUGCCUGUCUCACCUGUGGACGUUGGGCGUGUGGUAUCCAUGGAACUCCAUCGCCGGAUGCUCCUUGUCCUCGUUGCGGUCGUUUGGGGUGCCGUGGAGAAUGUGGGCGAUUACCAGGUCGACCUUUGGUGGGCGAACCUUCGAACCACGCCAAUCCUUUUCUUACUCAGCCACCCGCGGUUCCGCCGCGUCCAGCGACUGCGCCUGCAGUCCUGCCAACCGCCCGGCCGGUGUAUUCCUCUGCAGGCGCUGGAGCGGGUUCGCCUGAUCCGGUCCGACGAUGGCAUGGACUUAUAAAAGAAGCACGCAUAGAAGGAGAAUUUCUACCCAGUGCCUUUCCGGUUAUUACGCCGGACCCAAAUAACCCUACCCGGAGACAAUGGGCACCAUUGGAUUGGAAACUCAUUUGUGAGGCACAGAAGGCUAUAAUGUCUUAUGGCAUGAAUAAUCCAUAUGUGCAGUCCCUCGUGGAGCAAGUAUUUGUUGGACAAGCUAUGUGCCCUUACGAUUCGUCAAAGUUUGCUGAUAUGCUUUUAACACCCACUCAACGGCUGUUGUGGAAGGAUAAUUGGUUAAAGCGUGUGGAGCUGGCUAUACUACAAAAUAUUGAAUUGGAUUUAAAUAAUCCGUUACGUUUUGCUACUCAGGAUAUGCUUAUGGGAACUGGUGCUUAUGCAGAUCCACAACGACAAGCCCGCCUUGACCCUCGAAUACUACAGCAGUCGCAGAGAUUGGCUUUGGCCGCCUUUAAAGAUGUGCCUCAAAUUGGUAAACCGAUUCCACCGUAUGCAAAAAUUGUCCAAGGCCCUUCAGAGCCUUAUUCAACAUUCCUUGACCGACUCCGAGAAGCAAUAGAUCGCUCCCCAAACUUGACAGCCGAGGCGAAAACAGCCGUUGGGCUCGAUCUUGCCACGCAGAAUGCCAACGCCGUUUGUCGUCGUAUCCUAGCCACCCUGCCAAAAACUGCUUCCUUGACUGAGAUGGUGGAGGCCUGCAGCAGAGCGUCAAUAUAUGAAGAAACAGAUAAAGCAGAGAUACAUGCAAAGGCCCAUGCAUCUGCGUUGGCGGUAGCCCUUAAACCUUUGGUAAGACCCGGUAAGCCUUCCCGCCCGUCCGGAGUUUGUUUUGCAUGUGGAAAGCCGGGGCAUAUGAAAAAGGAUUGCCCAAAUAAGAAUGCGCGAGCGGGGACUGAAAACACGACAAAGGCUUUUGCGGGAACCUGUAAUCGCUGUGACAAAUUUGGACACCGUGCAUCCGAGUGCCGGUCUCGUUUCAAGAAGGACGGUACGCCGCUUCAGGGAAACGGGACGCGGAGCGCCCGCCGGGGGGGGCGCGAAGAUACAAGUAUCUCCCAACCCCAAGCCGGUUGUUUGGAAUACCUCACAGGAGCCACCCGAGGAAGUGCCGGAGUGGACUUGGCCACAGCCGCAGAUGUAACGUUGGAAAACGAUAAGGUGCAAGUCGUUCCUUCGGUAGUGAACGGCCCCCUGGGAUACGGACUUAGUGCUCUUCUGAUCGGCCGUUCCUCUAUGUCUAAACAAGGAAUCUUUGUGCUACCUGGUCUCAUUGAUGCGGACUAUACCGGAAACAUCGGAAUAAUGGUCCGGGCCCUCUUCCCUCCAGUUAAUAUUGCAGCUGGCACUCGUAUCGCCCAGCUGAUUCCAUUUCGCAGUUCCGUGCCAAAGACUAAAUUAACGGAACGUGGCCCUCAUGGAUUUGGCUCUACAGAUUCUCCACAGGUAGCUUUUGCCAUGACAGUAACUCAACGUAAACCUUCCCGGAUGGUGUGUCUACAUGGCCCUGAUGGCCGCCAGAUCCGACAUGACGCCCUUUUGGAUACUGGAGCUGAUGUGACUGUUGUCCCAAUUCAGUUUUGGCCUGACUCCUGGCCCUUACAAGAUGCCGCGACCUCGGUUAGGGGCAUUGGUGGAACCCAACCCACUCACAUCAGUACGUAUUACAUCACAAUUUGCGACGAUGAGGACCCUGCUACAACCACAAAGGUGCGUCCUUAUGUUCUUUCUGCUCCCGUCUGGCUCUUAGGCCGUGACUGUUUAAGUCAGUGGGGAGUCGUUUUACAAAACUCACUUUGCUUAGCGGCCAUUGAGGGGCGGCCGAUCCUACGGUUGGAAUGGUUAACCUCUACUCCAGUGUGGGUCGCUCAAUGGCCGUUACCAGCUCAUAAGCUCGCCCGUGUACACGAACUGGUCCAAGAACAACUUGCAAAGGGUCAUCUUGAACCCUCUCUGAGCCCCUGGAAUACUCCAAUUUUCACUAUCCCCAAAAAGUCGGGAAAAUGGCGUCUGCUACAUGAUUUGCGAGCAAUAAAUGCAGUUAUGAAGGAUAUGGGGGCUCUCCAGCCAGGCUUACCCACCCCUACGAUGCUUCCGCGCAACUGGCCUUUACUUAUAAUUGAUUUAAAGGACUGUUUCUUUACAAUCCCUCUUAAUCCUGACGACAGGGAUAAAUUUGCCUUCUCAGUCCCUUCUGUAAACAAAGCUGAGCCUGCUCAACGAUAUCAAUGGACAGUGCUUCCGCAAGGCAUGAAAAACUCACCCACCAUUUGCCAGUUUUAUGUGGCCUGGGCAUUACGGCCCCUUCGUUGUGCACAUCCCGACUGGCUUAUUUACCAUUAUAUGGAUGAUAUCCUUUUUGCUGCAGCAACUCUUAAUCCUGAAACAGCUAUCUCGGAAAUUACCUCUGUGCUGCAGUCUGCUGGCCUCACUAUAGCUCCGGACAAGGUUCAGCGACAAGCGCCUUACUUUUAUUUAGGCAUGCGCAUUACGGAUUCCAUUGUGCGACCUCAAAAACUGACUUUUAAUCUUACCAUUCACAACUUGCAUGAUGUUCAACGUCUGGUCGGCGACUUACAAUGGGUCCGUGGACUUUGCGGCAUUUCCAAUGAGGAUCUUGCUCCCCUUCUUCAACUUCUUAAAGGAGGCCGUGAUCCAGCUGAACCUCGAUCCUUGCAACCGCACCAUGAAGCUGCUCUUCGUACUAUUGCCGAUAAGAUCACCCUUCGGUAUUCCGGUCGUAUUCUUCCAGGAUCACCUGUGUCCCUGGCAAUACUCUCCAGAGAUACUUCCCUGGAGGCGCUACUUUUUCAAUGGCUCCCCGACCUCCCUGAUCCCCUUGUUUGCCUUGAAUGGAUUUUUCCCUCUUCCCAAUUUUCCAAGACGGUUACCACUCGAAUAGAGGCUAUUGCAUUACUUCUUCUGACCGCUCGCUCCCGUACUGUUGCAAUUACGGGAGCUGAUCCUGAUGUUAUCUAUGUGCCUUUUAAUGCUCCGUUGUUAUCUCACAUUUUUGCUACUGAUGUUUCUUUUGCUGUUGCCUUAUUAAGUUAUACUGGUCGACUUACCAACCACUAUCCCCCUCACCGCCUUUUAUCAGUGACAAUUCCUUUGGAAAAGGCUGUCAUGCGACAAUCUUCCCCUGUCCAGGGACUUACUGUGUUUACUGAUGCAAGCGGCAAAAUGGCUCGCGCCGCCAUUUUGUGGUAUACUGCCGGUGCCUGGCAUCAUGAAAUGGUGGUCGCUGAGGGAUCUCUGCAAGUUUUGGAAUUUCAAGCCAUUAUUCGUGCCUUUGCUAAGUGGCCUACCACCCCCCUUAAUAUUGUCAGUGACUCCCUUUAUGCUGUGGGUGUUACGAGUCGCUUGGAACGUUCUCUUUUGAAACAAGUGCCUAAUCCUGUCCUGUGGCAGGCCCUUUUAAAACUUUGGCAUUUACUUGAUGCCCGUUCCUGUCCUUAUUUUAUUACUCAUAUUCGCAGUCAUUCUGGUAUUGUGGAUGGUCUGGCCCAGGGCAACGCCAUUGUUGACCAAUUGGUUGGUUCGGUCCAUGUCCCUGAUUCUUUUGCUCAGGCUCGUCUUUCACACGACUUCUUUCACCAGUCCGCCCGUGCCUUAGCUAGACAGUUUAAGCUUCCAUUAUCUACUACCCGUGCCCUUGUGGCCUCUUGCCCUAGUUGCCAGCAACAUGUUUUGCCCCCUUCUCUUGCCUCCGGUGUCAACCCUCGCGGUUUGUCCUCCUUACAGAUUUGGCAAACUGACGUCACCCUUUUUUCUGAGUUUGGCUCCCUCAAAUACGUUCAUGUUACAGUGGAUACCUUUUCGGGAUUUAUAUGGGCAACAGCAUUGGCCAGUACUGGCUCCCGAGAUGUUAUUAAACAUUGGCAGGUUUGCUUUGCUGUUAUGGGCAUUCCUGCGUCCAUCAAGACUGACAAUGGUGCUGGAUAUAUUUCUCGUCGUACAGCUCGCUUUCUUUCUUUGUGGGGAAUUUCCCAUGUUACCGGUGUGCCUGGCAACUCCACCGGCCAAGCUAUUGUGGAACGUUCUCAUGCCUCCCUAAAGCUUCUUUUGUUAAAACAAAAGGGGGGAGUUGCCCCCGAUGCUGAUCCAUUGUCCCGUACACCCCAUGCUCGCCUUUCAAAGGCUUUAUAUGUGCUUAAUUGGCUACAAGUAGGACCCCAUAAUGUCCCACCAGUUAUGCGGCACCUUGCUGGUGCUACGGGCCAAGAUUGUCAGUUGCCCCGUCCACAAGUUCGAUGGUUUAAUUAUACAGAUCAAAAGUGGCAAGGUCCCGCGGAUUUAUUAACAUGGGGAAGGGGUUAUGCUUGUGUCUCUACUGCUACAGGUCCUAGAUGGCUGCCCGCGAAGUGGGUUCGACCGUGGCUUGCCCGCAGUAACCCGGAGCAACCACCGAGUGACCCACCGAGUGACCCAGAGGACGCAAACCAGGACGACGAUAUUCCAGACCUUCGUUUUCUUUUUAUUUGA